UGUACUAAUUUUUAGCGUUAGUCAAAUUUUACUUCUGUGUGACAAGACUUGAUCAAGUUCUGUUGACUUUUAACGGCUGAAUACCUGCUGCAAUAUGUGGGACCGUAAAGUAUUCAUACGAAUUAUUGAAUUGCUCUUGUGCAUAUCCUGCGUUGUGGCACUCAGGGUCACCGACGACGAAAGUCGAAGAGUUUUUCACUACCUUAGGAAUCGAAGUAGGGAGUGGUCACUUCUGAACAACGUUACAUGGGGCACCAUAGGGGCUUCCUUAGCCACAGCUACCUGUGGAGGAUACGUCAUCGUAACGGCGGGACUCCUGUUAGCUGCUGCAACCGGAGAACUUCGGGGUAGAAAGACGGAACUGUUUCUCCUCGGUCUAGGUGUCAUCCUGUUCGGUAUCGUUGGUGCCCUGUCUCUGGCCUCGAUCGACAGUGUCCCCGAAGACCUGGUGGACAACGCGGCGGUCUUGGGGGCUCUGUGCCUUCUAACGGCGCUGGUCUUCGUGAUCGAUAUCCUGAUGAGGGUUCCUGGCGCGAAGAAAAAGCACGACAGCACGCAGACCGGGGUGGAAAAGGACAUGGUAAAGCUACCAUUGGCGAAACUCAGUGCUGAGAAGGAGAGGAAAUCCGGCGGAAAUGGAAAGGGCGAAUCACCACCGCCGGAAGUAAAGGGGUCGGUAAACGAAGGCUUCAAUCGCUCGGAGUCCUCCGCGGGAAGAGAUCUGAACGAAGGGGAUGCGGAAGAGGGUUCAGAGGAGGAGGACACCCGGAGUCAGCGGCGAGGAUCGCGGGACCUUUUCGAGUCCGAGCGGAACCGGAAGUUCGAGGACGUGGGGAAGCAGCUACGAGAGUACGCUCUCCAGGGUUUCGACGCCGGUAGGGAGACGCGACGACGAGGCGUCGAGGGUAGGAACAGCGUCAGACGGGAGUAUUUCGGGUACGAAAACGGCGAUAUUUCGGGUUUCCCGAGGGGAGCGACGGACGAAACGGACACCCCGCCAUUCCCGACGAGCUUCGAGAGCGAAGGUCCGAUUUUCGCGAGGAUCGUCAACCCGGGGGUGAAGAUAAUGCGGGUCGAACGAGAAACCGGAAGCGGCGGAAACCCCGAGGAUUACAGGAACUCCGAUACCAGCCAGUACGACAACGUGCCAACGAGGAUGCGCAGCAUGUCUCCAUCCGGGAUCCUCAAGCGGAACCGCGACGUUUCUUUCACCGUUCCAGCCGCACCCAAGAUGCACUUCGGGAGGAACGGAAGCGCCGUACAUAAGGACGACAUUCAGAGGCUCGAGGAGUGCUUCAGCGCUCUCCAAAACUCCAUCGGUACCCAGACCGCGGGGUUGAGGGACCUCGACAUCCCCUCGUCCCCGAAUGAUCCUGGAUACGUUCGCCACACCGCCAGCAACUGGCCCCGCGAUCUUAAGUCCAAGACCCCUGGGUCCAGCCCGGAGCACGAGAAGAAUUGAGCUAUUUAUAAUUUGAAUACCAUCGUUCCUGAUAAGGUUGUAUUCGUAAAGGAUCGCAGUUAAAAUGCGUCCUUAUCAAGUGAAAGGUCAAACGUAAAUUAAUUAUUAAUUAAUCUACCAACUGACAAACGAGCUUACCUCGUCAUCCUGCCGGACCUCCACGUUCGUACAAGACUUUCGUUCUACAGUGGAUUCGUGUCACGUAUCUUGUUUGCAUUUU